GCAGUAAUUUUUUGGAACUGACUAAUUUAGUCGUGAUUUUGGGGCUGAAGCAUUACUAUUAUGAGCACUAGAAAAAUAUCAGACCUGAACGAUGAUUGUUUAUUUGAGAUAUUCCGACAAAUCAAAGCUAACUGCGAACUGGACAAUAAGUUACAGAAAAAAACUGUCGAUUAUUGUGAUCUUAUUAAUUUCGUAAUCAGCUGCUUGAGAUUCGUCAAAGUAUUUAACCAGUGGAGCAGUGUUCUUUACCAUGAACUGCAUAUCGAGUUUGCAUUGUUACAAGCUACUAAAGUCAUUGAAAUAGAUUUUUAGAAGGUAUACGACUCAUUACAAAAUGUUCCCAGAAGAGAACGAGAAAUAUAUUGGGACUUGUGUUUUAACGCGAUAAGGGAGAAUAAAGACCUGGGUCGUCUAACAUUGAACUAUAAACCAACUCGAUACUAUCCCGAACACUUGGAAAGGUUCCAGGCCGUGGUAGAUGCCAUUAGACACAAGAACUCUCUUCGAAUUCUUAAGGUUUAUGUUGAAGGCUAUAGCUUCCAAAAUGUGCCAGAGCUCGACCGAUUAAGGGAAGUGUAUAUAAAUGCUAAAAUGCAAGCAGAUGAUUUGGUAGAGCUGUGCCGUUCUAAUCAGAAUUUAGUCGUUCUCGAAUUCAAGAGCACCGAACUAUAUGGAAGGUUUUCGGAUAUUGUGCCAUACUGUAAUAAACUGGAAUACUUGGAGUUAACGAUGAAGACAGAUGUGGAUGCAACAGAGUAUGCCACGCUGGCAAGUUUGCCCAAACUUCUGAAAUUAAAACUUAAAGGAAACCAUCGAGCGGGAACUUUGGUAAAGUGUUUUGAAGGUCUCGAAAAAAGUGUCCUAAAGUAUUUAGAGGUUCCGGAAACUUUUCUUAUUAAGCAAGAGGCACAGGCGAUUUCAAGAAUUAACACUUUAUCCCGUAUUUCGAGCGGUUUUAGUGAUGGAGAGAGCAUUGCGGUUUUGGCAAAAUCUAAGAAUCUAGAAUCAGUCGAUAUAUAUGUUCGUCCAGGUCAAAUAAUUUUAAUGGAUCAUUUGAUAAACUUGUUUAAAAAGUCCGCCGUCAAUAUUAUAGGCUGCAACUUUUAUAUUACCUUAGCCGAGGAACUUGGGAGAUUGAAAGUGUCACUUAAUGAUAAAGAUAAUUUUGAACCUUAUCGUCAUACAAAAACGCCAUAUAAUAAAAAUGAUGACGAAGACAUGUUUAAUCACAUAACUCACGUUGCUCAGCUUCCAAAUAUCGAUAAGUUAUAUUUAUCUGGAACAUUCAAGGGCUCUAUAUUGAAAGCCGUAUUUGAGGGACUAGCAAGUAGAGAACCACAGCUUCUUAAAAAGAUAGAUAUCAGUCGCUGUCUCUCAUUUUCCUCAGAACAUGCAAAUAUUCUUGCUUCUAUUCCAUCCUUGAUGAAUAUUGUUUGUAGGGCUUCCAAUUUUAAAGAUACAGUCGCAUUGAAGGUCAAACAGCUCAAUGCGAUUAAGGAGAUUGCAAGCCGAGUGGAUCGAAAUGAAACAGAAUUGUGUAAUAUUUGUAUAAUCCAUAGAAAUAGUGCUGUUAAACUUAUACUAGACUUCACCGAUAAAUUAAUUCGAUUUCCAAUAAUUGAUCUAACGUAUUGCGCUAGAUUUUUCGAACCUCUAGCCUCCUUAAAUAACUUGACAACUCUUUUGAUUAAGGGCCACAUCGGCGAUCUUCCUUUAAUAAAUUUAAUCAAGUUAAUCCAAAACCUGGAGGAAUUACAAAUUAAAGUGGUCAGCCCUGAAGAUCUUAUAGAACUGGCUCGAGUACAUAGUUUAAAAGUUUUGGAAUGCGGCUUCUGCUCUUCCAGAAAUAUUGAAUACCUGGUCAAGUUAAACUACCUCGAGUCCCUAACUAUCACCGACCAUCCGGAGGGAUCCUUGACAAAUCUUUUUAAAGCCCUUGCCUCAAAGGAGGAUCGACUAUUUCGAAGCCUCAGUAUCCACAAAAGCCUUACUUCCGAAGAGAUUUUCGAGCUUUCUGGAAUACAAACCUUGGAACGAUUGCAGCUGGGAAAACUGGCUGACAAAAGUUGGCAACAACCAACAAGCAAUAAUAAUACAAACCCUAAGGUCCACAGUAAAAGUUCAGAACAAAUAUAUAAUACACCUUAUAAUUUCGAACAGUUAGCUAAAUUGUCGAAUAUCAGGGAACUAAGUAUUCACAUUAAUUAUGCAUCCCAGGCCGUCUACAAGCUUUUGAGGACUAUAAUCUCGCGAUCUCCUCAGAGAAUGCGGCUACUCUCACUUCCACUUCACCAGAUACAUAUGGUAUCCCAAUACUAG